ACAGACCAACUCAUGAAUAUUGACUUCGGAAGAGAUCGUACAUGAUUCAAGGCGAGACGGGUAACAUUCGGGUGCACUUGGAAUACAGCAGUGAAAAUGGAUUUAAAUGCCAUCAUAGAAAACAUGGAAACAGGGGAUCAAAAUGCCGCAUUAAUGGCACUACAGACGUAUAAUAAAGAGAAGGCUCAUUGCUUCAAAUUUAAUACAGAGGAUGAGGCGGAAAGAGAGCGUCUGGGAGAGCUGGUGAUGGGUUUCCUGGAGCGAGGCCUCCAGCCUUCCUGCCAACUGGCCUGCCUGGAGACCAUCCGCAUCCUGUCCCGCGACAAGAACAACCUAGCGCCCUUUGUCACAUGCCGUUCCCUCGCAGUCCUCAGCCACCACGCGGGAAUCAUCCCAGGCAAUGGGGAGGCUGUUUCAGGCGACGCCCCCGAGAACCUGGAUUUGGAGGUGAUCGUGGAGGCACUGAAGUGUAUCUGCAACCUCAUACUGCACAGCCCCACUGCCCAGGAGCUCGGCCAAGAAAUGGACUUGAUGACCGGCAUCGCCGAGCGCCUUAAGCAGUGCCACGACAAUCAGUGGAACCACGAGGUGCGCUUCUUUGACCUGCGCCUCACCUUCCUCCUGACCGCGCUGCGUGUUGAUGUUCGGAGCAAGCUGGCCCGCGAGUUGCAUGGGGUCAGCCUCCUGGGAAACGUGCUCGAUGCCACGCUGGGUCUGUGCUGGCCCGACACCCUCGAGGUGGCGAGGGAGGGCGUGGUGGAGGACGCCAAAGAGCUGCCGCAGCUAAGCCGUGAGCAGAUUGAGCGGGCCAUGGAAAUCCUUAAGAUCCUCUUCAACAUCACCUUCGACUGCUCACGCCGCACAGUGGAUGAGGAGGAAGCGGCCACCUACAGACACCUCGGAGCCAUACUCAGACACUGCCUCUUGAGCAGUGCAGAUGGAGAGGAGCGCACAGAGGAGUUCCAUAGCCAUGCAGUGAACCUGCUGGGGAACCUGCCUCUGACCUGUUUGGACGUCCUUCUAGCACCCAAGGUUCAGCAGGGCUCCAUCGAGCACAUGGGACUGAACAUGGAUGCUGUCAACAUGCUCCUGGAGUUCAUGGAGAAGAGGCUCGACAGGGGAAACAAGCUAAAGGAGACACUCCUUCCUUCCCUGAAUCUGCUCACGGAGAGUUCCCGUGUCCACAGAGAGACCCGCAAGUUUCUCAGGAUGAAGGUGCUUCCACCACUGCGAGAUGUGAAGAACAAGCCGGAGAUGGGGAACGCUCUUCGUAACAAGCUUGUCCGCUUAAUGACUCACAUCGAUACGGACGUCAAAAACUGCUCCUCCGAGUUCCUGUUUGUUCUCUGUAAAGAAAGCGUUUCCCGGUUCAUCAAAUACACUGGUUAUGGGAACGCGGCAGGGCUUCUUGCUGCCCGGGGUCUGAUGCGUGGAGGAAGCGACCCUGGCACAUACUCAGAGGAUGAGGACAGUGAGACGGAGGAGUAUCGGGAGGCCAAGAGCCAGAUCAACCCAGUGACAGGUAUCGUUGAGGAUGAGCAACCAAACCCCAUGGAGGGGAUGACGGAGGAGCAGAAAGAGAUGGAGGCCAUGAAGCUGGUCAACAUGUUUGAUAAGCUCUCCAGGAACCAUGUGAUCCAGCCGAUGCAGUUGGGAAGUGAUGGGAUGAUGAGGGAGAUGAACGUGUCUGACCUGAAGAGGUUGACCCAGCAGGUUGCCCCCAACCAGCCACAUGCCUCUGACAGCGAGGAAGAUCUGGAGUAAGCCCCCAAUGCGGUAUGGGUGUGGCCCAAUAUGGCUAGGUUGGGGAGGGGGGGAUAGGUUGGGGGGGGCUAAGUGGGAAUUGGUGCGGGGAUGUGGCUAGCUGCGGUGGAGCGUAGCUUGAUGUAGCUCAGCUCCACAGUUUUACAGAUUUAAACUGGUGUGUUUUUCAGUCUAACAGUCUAACAGUGGUUGAUCAGAAUGUGAUUACAGAAGAACAUGCUCACAAUGUCUGUUCACCCUAACCCAACACUAGGAGCACUAUUGCUUUGUUCAAUGCCUAGUAUCACCUCUCGGAACACAUUUAAAUUCAUUUUGUGUAAUCCUGACUCAACAAUCAGGAGGACACCAGCUAUGUGAGAAACUGACCAGCCUCUUUGCAACAUGGGAAGCUUCUUCCUCUACAAGUUAUUCUUUUCUGUAGUAGAUGUCAGGUCUAAAGUAUUUCUGCUUUUUGAAGGUAAAAAUCUGAUCAGGGCACUCAAAAUAUACCAUUUUGUCACAUUAUUUCAGUGUGAUCCUAAAUACAGGUACAGGUUACACUACUAGUUGUAAAAAAUCCACAGCAAUAUCUAUGGUCUUUGACAAUAUCUUGAUGAGUUCACUGCAAAUGUGAUUAAGAUGUGCAAUCUCUUCAAAGUUGCAAUGAUAGUACAAUACAUUCUUCUGAUAUUGAGAUUGUUUCCACAUGAACCCUACAUGUCCUACUGGAUGAAAAGACAAUUAAAAGUAUCCUCUAUUUUAGUUGGUAAGAAUGAUGAUUGUAAUGUGGUAUGCAAAGAUUCAGAUUAUAUAU